UAGGAACAACAAAUCCCUCCAAGCUUUUACGAUGAAUCGCGUGAAAGCAAUAACUACUUCCCUCAGAUUCCUCAAAUCAUCAAAAUCACUCUCUACUCCGAAUCAGGUUACUCACUUCUCUUCUUUCACUUUUUCAAUCCCUCUUUUGAAUCAUUCACACGAUCUAUUCCGUUUUCACAACAAUCAUCAAAAACACUGUUUUUCUUCAAAACCCAACAUGAUUUUAGAGCGUGUUUACACCAACGAUUGGUCUGAAGAGUUAGAGAAAGAGUUGGAAGCAUGUCGUGAAUCAUUGACCCAUGAAACUGUUGUUUAUGUUUUAAAUCGAUUGGAUAAAAACCCAAUUAAAGUUUUUACCUUUUUCAAUUGGGUUAGUGAGAAAGAUUGGUUUAUGUGUCACAAAGUAGGAGCAUCAGCUUUUUGGAAUAAUUUCGUGAUUAGGGUUAUGAAAGAGCUUCGAGAUAGUCCCUUAAAGGCUUAUAAGUUUUUUCAUUGGGUUGGGAAGCAAUCUGGUUAUCAACAGAAUACAGUGACUUAUAAUGCAGUUGCUAGAGUUCUUCCAAGGAUGGAAUCAAUUGAGGAGUUUUGGAGUAUUAUUGAGGAGAUGAAGAGUGUCGGUCAUGAAUUGGAUCUUAAUACUUACAUUAAGAUAUCGAGGAAGCUUCAAAAGAAUAAGAUGAUGGAGGAUGCUGUCAAGCUUUAUGAGCAUAUGAUGGAUAGUUCAUAUAAGCCUUCAGUUCUGGAUUGCAUUAUGCUUUUAAAGAGCAUCUCUGCAAGCGAUAAGCCGAAUUUGGAUUUAGUUUUCAGGGUAGCUAAGAAAUUCGAGUCAUCAGGGUAUACUCUUUCCAAGGCAGUCUAUGAUGGUAUUCAUAGGUCUUUGACAAGUGCUGGGAAAUUUGAUGAAGCUGAAAAGAUUGUCGAGACCAUGAAAAAUGAUGGCUACGAGCCAGAUAGCAUCACCUACAGUCAACUUAUUUUCGGACUUUGUAAGACGGGGAGGUUUGAAGAAGCACUUAAGGCAUUCGAUGAUAUGAAAGCUAACAAUAUUCGGGUUAAUAUCAAGUCGACGAAUAUACAUGUGUUCACCAACAAGCCGGCCCUAGUUUUCUCUCUCUAG